UAAAAGAAGCGUCUUAAACUUGUGGAAUGUGUUGGCAUUCAAGUAUUGGUGUAAUAAUCUGUCAAGGAAACAAAUCAGCGAUCCCAACUAAAUUAUUUUAUCUGCAACAUCGGAUUUGUUCUGCACAGAUCCCGUCUUGCGAUUGGUAUACUCAACACAAACAUCUGACUUAGCCAAAGAAAGAAUCGAAUCGCUUUAAUUGUCUCUAGAAUACGAAACAUCCACGCUGAUGGCGAUUCCAGGAUGGAAAGCUGUGCUUCUCUUGUUUGCCGUGGUAGUGCUGAUAUUGAGCCAGGUAUUGUUGCAAUGGUGGUGGUGGCGGCUAGACCAUAUCGCAGGAACUAAUAACACCUGUUUACCAGGAAAUUACAAGUUGAUCGGCAAUGACAGUACUAUCAUUAAAUGUCAGCCCUGUCAUCCCUGUGGUACAGGCAUGAAGCUUACUCCGCCAUGUGGCAGAACAGUGACUCUCGAUACCAUUGUGAUGUGUGUGCCAAUUUCAAUUCACGCCACUGAGAGGAUACCAAGGAAAACUCAUUUGCCUACGGAGGGGAUUAAACUUACAUACCUUUCAAAUGGCAAAGGAACCAACCAUCUCAGCAUCCGAAAUGGAAAAGUUUUCACCUGGUCUCCUUUGGAGGUGAACGAUAUCUAUAAGACGGAGAGGCUUGAUAACUCAAACUCAUCAAAACUGGAUGAGCAUUUUUUUUCACAUAAAAGGUCUACACCGGAUAUACCACGCACGACGACGGUUCCAUCUAGAGCACAUUCCCUUCCGUAUACGGUUAAGCGUUGGGAGAAGAAAUAUGACAACCAGUCAUUACUAUUAAGUAGACCACGACGACCGUUGAUACAGCAAUCGAAAAGGCCAAAACAUUUCACAACACCAUACAUAGAAGGGUUGCAUGGAAAAACAUCUAACGCCACCUGGGGAUCUCAGAUUAUAAACAUUACUUAUGUGCUGGGUGGUUUUCCGUCGGUCGAAGUUGUGGUGGUUGUUGUGCUUGUCAUAAUUUCCGUAUUGCUUGGAUUUGUGGUGUGGCUUCUGAAUAGUAUCAGACACAUUAUUUGGAAUAAGGAUUGCCGAGACUAUCAGAGAUUAAAGAGCGCAGAGUCAAUUGAAGAAAUGUCGUACUCCUCUGACGAUGCUGAUCAUUUAAACGUAAAGAAUUCAACCGACCUGUCUACCUCUCCUGAUGAUCUUAAAGGUCUCAUUUUGUCCGAGCUACCUCCAGAUCUUGAAGUCUUACUGGUAGAGAAACUGGACGUGCGACGCAAAGGUGAACAUCGCUAUGGUUGGCAAAAAGUGGGUGCUGCGUUUGAGAUCUGCAGAGAUGAACUCCGUCACCUAAAGAUUGAAUACAAAAGAGAAAACGGAAGUCCAACCAGCAAGCUGUUAUUGAAACUUGGAACUUCUAAAUGUGCGACAAUAUCCGACCUCAUCAAUGUAUUGAAGAGUCAUAAAGUAAACCGCCCCGAUGUCGCGUCUCGCGUCAUUCAAUUCAUUCAAGCAGUCAGUAAUUCCCAGCAUGCAUAAUAACGAUUUUUUUUAUUUGCGCGGGUAAGAUUUUGGCCUUUUAACCCCGCUGCCUGUUGCUGUCCAGAAAACAGUUUAAGGAGUACAAUUCUGUUUAAGGAUUAAACAGGGUGUAAAUUUUUUUUUUCAUAGAAGCUGCUAAACGGAUGUUUGUCAAAUCAAAAAAUAGCACAUUCAAAAUGCAAUUUGACAAUUAUUCAAAUCCUAUGGAAAUUCAUUCUUUUAGUUCUCUGUUUCUGAUUUGAUGAGGUAUAGGGAUCUAGGACAGUUCGCCACAAAACAACCUACCGCCUCAUCUGACUGUAAACAUUUACGAAACCUGUAUUAUAGUGUAAAUAAUUUCGUUUAGUGUAAAUAAAAGUUUAUUUUAAAUGUAGUGAAAACCAUUUUCAUUAAACCUCCUGCUAUCGUAGAAACAUGCGCCCAAGCAGGAAAUAACACGAA